AUGACAGAGAUUAUACUAACCUCUGUCAUUGACAAGCUAGUUCAGCUUCUAAUAGAAGAAACUAAACUCUUCAAAGGAGCACAUAAAGAAGUUAAGAAUCUAAAGAAUGAACUGGAGCUUCUCAAUAGUCUCUUCAAAGAUGCUGAUACCAAAAAGUGGGUUAAAGGAAAUCACAGCGAGAGCUUCAGUGCCUGGUUCAAACAACUAAAGGAAGUAGCUUAUCACAUAGAAGAUGUCAUAGAUGAAUACCUCCUUCAUGUGGCAAAUAACCAUCAACGUUGUCGACGUGGAAUAUUCCUCGGUUUCCUCCAUAACAUUUCUCAUAAGAUCAAGGCUUUGAAACUGAGCUACAACAUGGCAUCUCAGAUUCAAAAUAUUCAAGCAUCUUUACGCAAAAUCAAGGAUAGAGGUGAAACAUAUGGUUUGAGCCCCUUUGAUCAACAAGGAGUGGUUAGCAGAGGGAUGAAAGAUGAUAAACAACAUCAUCAUGACCCUCGAUUGGGUGCCUUAUUUGUUGAGGAAAAUGAACUCGUUGGCAUUGAUACAAAACGAGAUGAUCUGCUGAGGAUGUUGCUUGGAGGAGAUUCUAUACGGACGGUAAUCUCAUUGGUAGGAAAAGGGGGAAUAGGAAAGACCACUCUAGCUAAAAAGGUCUAUGAAAAUGAAGAUGUUCAAGCAAGAUUUGAUUUCCAAGAGUGGAUUAGUGUUUCUCAAUCAUACAACAUAAAAAAGAUACUAAAGAGCAUUGCAAUGCAAAUCUGCCCUGCAGCAUUGACAGAGUUUAUUAUGGAUGAAAUGGACAUAUUGCCAAAGUUGAUUGGUACUCUUAGACAAUUUCUCGAAACAAAGAGAUAUGUGAUUGUUUUUGAUGAUAUAUGGGACAUGGAUUUUUGGAAUGUUAUGAAACUUGCAUUGCCAAGCAACGACAAAGGGAGUAGGAUAAUUAUCACAACAAGAAACGAUAACAUUGCUGCUUCUUGUAAGGAACAUUCCAGUGAUUUUGUCCUCAAAAUAGAACCUCUGUCUCAAGAAAUGGCAUGGGAAUUGUUCUGCAAAAAGGCAUUUCGUUUUCAGUCUGAGAAGUGUUGUCCUCAAGAGUUGGAGGAAUUGUCUCUUAAAAUUGUUAAGAAAUGCCAAGGCCUGCCACUUGUAGUCGCGACCAUUGGUGCUUUACUUUCAACCAAAGAGAAGGUUGUGUAUGAAUGGCAAAAUCUUCAUGAUAGUCUUGAAUCUGAGUUUGAAACCAAUCCUCACCUGUCAAGUGUCCAAGAAAUUUUGUCACUCAGUUAUGAUGACCUCCCAUACCAUCUCAAAUCUUGCUUCUUAUACUUCGGUAUGUUUCCUGAAGAUUAUGCCAUUGAGAAUUUGACAUUGUGUAGGUUGUGGAUUGCUGAAGGUUUUGUUCAGAAACAGAGAGACAGAACUUUGGAACAAGUUGCAGAAGAAUACUUAAAGGAGCUCAUAAAUAGGAACUUAAUUCAGACUUGGGUAGACUUUUAUGCAUCAACUAAAUUAUGCCGAGUACAUGAUCUGAUGCAUGAAAUAAUCCUAUCAAGGGUCAAUCAAUUUGGCUUUUGUCAAAGUGUUGGUCGCCACGAAAAUGACUUGAGGUCUAGGGAGAAAUAUCGUCGUCUAUCAAUCUAUAACACUACAAAUAAUGUUCUCAAGAAUGUGGAAAACUUUCAAGGAGUUCGAUCUGUUUUUCUUUUCAACAUUGAUAAAUUAGAGGACAUUAAUGUUGAUUUGAUUAGGAAAUUCAAGCUUUUGAAAGUUUUAGAUUUUUCUAAUGCUCCUCUUUGUUAUCUUCCAAAAGAAGUGGGGAAGUUAUCUUACUUGAAGUACAUAUCUUUGAGGAAUACAAAACUGAAGAUGCUACCAAAAUUCAUCGGUAAGCUACAAAGUUUACAGACAUUGGACAUUAGAGAAACUUCUAUAUUGGAUUUACCAAUCGAAAUCAACAAUCUUCGAAAUUUACAAUGUAUUGCGGCCUUCUCCUAUGGUUAUGAAGUUGAGCACAGUUUGAAGGCAACGCGAGGAGUGAAGAUACAUGAAGGACUUCUAUGUUUAGAAGACUUGCAAACACUUCUUUUCGUGGAUGCCUAUCGAAGCGGUACAAAUGCCAUUAAAGAGCUUGAGAACUUGAAGAAAUUGAAGAUGUUGGGUAUUACAAAUUUGAGUGCUGAAACAGCAAAGACUUUGUGUCCCUGCAUUGAGAAGAUGAACCAUCUUGAUAUGCUAUGUGUAUACUCUAUAAAUGAAGAUGAAGUUUUAGAUGUUCAAAACAUUUCAUCUCCACCUUGUUUCCUAACUCAACUUUUCUUGAUGGGCAAGUUACUGAAAUUGCCAGAAUGGAUCAAGAAGGUUCAAAAUCUUCGCAGACUUGCAUUGAAUUUCUCGAGGCUAACCGACGACCCAUUAAAAGUACUAAAACAUUUGCGCUAUCUAGAAUUUCUAGAUAUGUACCAAGCAUAUGAAGGAGAGGAGUUGCAUUUUCAGGAGGGAAGUUUUCAAAAACUGAAGCAACUUACUUUAGAAAAGUUGGAUGGAUUAAAGGCUUUGAAAAUAGAUGAAAGAGCAUUGCCUGUUCUUGAAGAUCUGUUCAUCGGACUUAACCCACUAAUGAAGGAGGUUCCAUCGGAUAUCAAACACUUGGGUAAAUUAAAGUUUCUUAAACUUUAUGACAUGCCUAAAGAAUUUGUGCUUGGAAUGCAACCAGGUGAAGGAAGAGAUUAUUGGAAAGUUGAGCAUGUGGCGUGUGCUAUUUUCUGCUAUACUGUUGCAGCUCGAAAGUAUGAGAGUUACAAACUUGGUGACUCAGAAUUACUGCAACGUUUGCAAGGAUAA